CUGUGCGUAAUGAGCGUGCGUCUGCGUCAGGAUUCAGCGUUUGGUUCCUUCUCGGCAGCUUCACUUCUCGUGUUUCGGAAGACCUAAAAAACAUUUCCUGCUUUUGCGCUCACAGAUUUAUCAAACUUUCCAAACGAAAGGUGCGAGGAACAACACCUGGAAUAACUGUGUGAUGAUGGAUUCUCGGGUUUCUGCCGCUUUUCUGCUGCUCGUCUUCGGUUUGGCGACAGUUUUGACUCAGUCUUCACCUGGUAAAGCAUGCGAGGCCAAUAAUGGCACGAGCUGCGAGAUCUGUCUGAAGAAUGUGUCGUGUUUGUGGUGUAUCCCAACCAAGUCUUGUGUAACGUACCCUGUGAGGACCAUCCUGCCCCCCCACGCUCUCUGUCCUCUGAAUGAUGCUCGCUGGGGGCUCUGCUGGAUGAACUUCCAGACGCUGAUUAUCACGCUGGCUGUGAUUGGUGGAAUUCUCAUCAUCGCCCUCCUCGUCUGUCUGUUCUGCUGCUGCAAGUGUGAGAACUUUGGAUCCAAAAGGUUCGAGGCCAAGAUGGCGAGAAACGCCGAUAAGACCAAAACCAAGCAGGAAGAAAGGAGAGCAGAAAUGAAGCAGAGACAUGACGAAAUCAGGAAUAAAUAUGGUCUAAAAGGACCGAAUCCAUACUCCAAAUUUGCCUGAGACGAUCUGUGAAGAGAUUUACACCACAACCGGACGGCUGUUUAUCCCUGAACUUUGACCUCUCACACAACAGAUAUCAACAAUCUAUCUCCAGGUUUUAGAAGUGCACCUUAAAAAAUAAUGGAAACUAUGACUAAGAUGAUUUCAGAAAGGUGACAGUAACUCUGUCUCGUCUGGCUUCUUCCAGCCAAUGAACAGGAAUGUUGUGUUCAAUGACCUAAGAGGCUUUAACUGAAGGCUAGAAUAGACACAAAGCAGGUAGAAGUAUUCUUAUAGAGUAUAAUUGAUCCUGUAGCAUCAGUCUACAUACACAUUUAUUAGGUAACUCUUUAGUUUUAUUGUACUGAAUGGACAAAAAAUCCAGUUUGGUUGCUGAACAAAUCUUUUUUUUUUUUUCUCAAUAAAAUCUGUUGCAUCUGCAAAUUUUCAGAUUUCAUCUGUUUUGCUCCUCUGAAUUGCUGCUGAUUUUAGAGACUUUAGGAUAUGUUUGUAUUAUGUCUGAUUUUUUCUUUUGUUUCAUAUUAAUACUUUUUUUUUCGAAACAUAGGAGGCCAUUUUUAUUGUGUUACAGCUGUAUCUUCCAUUGACAUUUUUUUUUAACAUAUUAGGUUUGGUUGAAAAUGAAAUCUUAACCUUUCCAUUUAAACUUAAGUUGAUGGGUUUUUCCUUAAAUUGGAUUGAAAUCUGAUUUAUUCUAUAUUUGCCUGUAUAUCCAGCAUAGAUACACAAGCCAAAUAAAAGCAUUUGGAAUAAUAUUUAACUUUAGUGGUGCUUGGCUUUUAUUGUUUGUUUUGCCUGUAUUGUUCCUUUAUUAAAACCAUGUUUGCCUUAAA